AUCAAUCCGCCCGCUUUCUACAACUAUCUGUCGGCCUGGGCAUGGAACGAUGUGCUGGCUUACGGUGCUUCACAGGGUAAUCUACGGCCGGAGCCACGAGAAUGGGUCCACACACCGUCUGAUUUCGAGCUGAAGAUUCCGAAAAGCGCACCCCUGACCUAUACCCAGCUCCCGUUCUACCUGCAUGGACUCAGCGAUACCGCGGAUAUCAAGAUGAUGAUCAGUCAAAUUCGAGAGCUGUGCUCCAAGUUUGAAGCGCGUGGAUUGCCCAACUAUCCUUCGGGCAUUCCCUUUAUCUUCUGGCAACAGUACAUGAAUCUGCGGCCCUGUUUGUUGAAAGCAAUCGGUUGCGCUCUUGUAGCAGCCUUUUGCUUCGUGGCGCUGUUGUUGCUUUCAGUUUGGGGCGCAGUGCUGAUCGUGUUGAGCGUGGUAUCCAUGCUGAUCCAGCUGCUGGGCGUUAUGACUCUGCUCGGCAUCAAGCUGUCCGCCAUUCCGGCCGUCAUACUGAUUGCUAGCGUGGGCCUCGGUGUGAACUACAGUGUGCACGUGUGCGUGGGUUUUGUAACAUCCAUCGGCAAUCGCGAUCGACGUGUGCGUUUAGCAAUGGAACAUUCGAUGGCACCGAUUAUGCACGGUGUCAUGACAUCGGUACUGGCCGUCUGCAUGCUAUCGACAUCGUCCUUUGAGUUUGUCGUGCGUCACUUCUUCUGGCUGCUCCUAUCUGCGAUCGUCAUCAGUGCGGUGAACGGGUUGUUCUUCUUCCCGAUACUGCUUAGCAUGUUCGGUCCGGGAGCUGAGGUGAUCCCGUUGCAGUACGUGAACCGUAUCUCGACCCCAUCACCACCACCGAAGCGUAUCAACAAGCUGUCCUCGAACAAACCGAUCAUUCUGAACAAUAAGCGAUCGUCGUGUUCGCGCAAUUGCUCGAAACCGCAUCACCACCACAAACACAACAACGUGAACCUCAACAACGAACCCUCGCUAACAACAAUCACCGAAGAACCGCAAUCGUGGAAGAGUUCCGCCUCAUCCAUUCCCUCGAUCCACGAGAAGACGAAUAUUACGAACCAUCAUCAUGCCAACAUCGGCAUGGUGGGCAAUGUCGGUGGUGGUGGUCCAAUCGGUGGUGCAGGUAAUGGUGGUGCCGGUGGCAAUGGAGGGGUCGGUGCAGGUGGCAAUGCUGGGCCAGGAAUCUACGGUCAUCCGGGCACACACUACCAUCAUCAUCAUCAUCAGCAGGCACCGGAACUGCAGAGUAUAGUGCUGCAGCCGGAGGUGACCGUUGAAACGCACCACCACGGUGGCGAACACCAGAACACGAAGGUGACGGCUACGGCCAACAUCAAAGUGGAACUGGUGACUCCUGGCCGGGCGCGAAUGAUGCACACGACGACCGGCAGUACGAGCAGCAACAACAGUACCUCCUCGUCUACUUCCUCUUCGGCCAGUAACAGUGGCAACAACAGUUCCGGUAGUAGUAGCAGUUAACGUACUGGUCCAGCUGGGUCCAGAGGUCGAUGAAAAAAGCGUCUUAUCUUCCUGUACCGAAUGCGGGGCUUCGAUCGAGCCGAUCCAACGAUGUACCAACCAAUUUACAACAAACCAAUCAUAGAACCAUUUCCAAAACAGAGCGUGUACAUAGAAAGCGUGUGUGUUUUUUUCAUUAUUUAUUUUGUAUCCUCUUAAGCGUUCCAUACUCCGAGAUCCGCCCUGGUACGUUAGAGCGUAGGGUUACGAUGUAGAAUGAACCGCAAACACCGGGACCAGGGAUCCAGAACUGCAGGCUAGCAUGCUGUAAUACAGCGAGCAAACUCAUCGAUACGUAUUGUUUAGUUUGUGAACGGAAAGUGGUUAGUAUAAAGCUAGGAGUGACGAUUUUUAAAGCUUUAUUUGCAAAAGAUAUGAUCCAUUCGUUCUCUGGAAAGGUGGAGUGCGAUGGAAGAGGGCACAAGUGUAGGAUUAAACAUCGAAUAGUGGCACAUUAGAGUUACCCAUGUUCGCCAGGGUAACAGCUGCGUUGGACUGAUAGCAUUUGUAUUUAAAAACGUGUAGGUGUGUAUCAUAGGCAGGUAAAGGAGGAAGGUGCACUCCAGCACCAGUUGAACGAAAGCAGGGAGUGACUGGACGGAUUAUGGAGUUAGAAACCAAUCAGUACUUAAAUCUAACCGGUCGACAUGCAUGCGCAACAUUAAGAGAAGAAUGAGUAAGUUAAAACAAGGAUGUUGUAUUAUCAGCUUAACACGUCAUACACACAUGUAUACCGCAAAAGUAUCAAAGACAAAAGCCAAACCGAUUUUAAAGAAGAGCGAUGAUGAUCCUCUCCACGAGGGUAACACGAAGCAGCAACAGCAGCAGCUAUGACCGUCACAACAUCGUCCAUUACUCUUUGCAGACGAAUUGUACAUCGAACGAGAGGAGAAAACUGGUAAAUUACAAAUGGAACUUAGUGUAGAGAGAGUGAACACAGGCAAACGAAACGAAUAUGAACGCAAAUCUCGGAAGCUAUCCCACCAUAUAGACGAAAGAUUAGUUAAGGAACUGGUAAGGCGUGGUUUGGUAUUAGAAAAUCUGAUGCAAGUUAGGUGAAAUAUGAAAGGUAGUCAACGUGAGGCAGGAAAACGGAAAUAACGUACGUCGGUCGCGGAUCAGGACACCGAUCGAGAAAGAUCGAUGAUAAAAUGGUGGAGUAUCCAGGAAGGAAUAUUUAUUUAUUUUUUCAUUCUUCUAACGCACCUCAAUGCUCCGCUAACUCUCUUUCUCUCUGUGUCAAUUCAAACCCCCCACAUCUCGGUAUUAAGUUGCACUACGAAACAUCCUUUCGAGCGAAAUUAUAUGAUUGCCGAAACGCUUGGGAGCAAGGCAGCAGCAUUUAAAUUAUUACCUUAGUUUUUCGCUAGAGCUUAGAUGUGUAGAGUGUUUAGGAGCGCGGUUUACGUACCAUUUUAGACGUUGCAGCAAACUACACCUAAUCGUGUGAAGGAACUUGCCCUUCCGAACCUUAGCAGACUGUCGUUGUGCGGUACGAUGGUGCCGUUUUAUAUAGCUGUAUGUACGACUAAACAAAUGAAAAAAAGUAUUUUGUUGAACCAAUAGGCAUGCCGAACGAAACGAGUCUACUAGAGUUAAGGGGCGCAAAGCUGUAUGUAGUGGAAGGCAGGCUAAACAUAGGCGAAGAAGAAAUUAAAUUACCUGCGUCUUCAAAUGGAAAUGUAUAUUGAAAAUAUUUUUCAACGUAACGUUAACUAUAAUCGUUGGAAUGUACACACCAGCAACCUCAGAUUAACGUCGGUGAAAAAGAAAUCCAGGAGUGUACGGUGGAAAAUAACAAA